AGGAAACCAAGCAAAUGGUGGAAAGUUUGGAGAAGAUUCUAGAUGAAGAUCAGUGCAUCAAUUCCAGUGUUUUCCAGGAGUUUAUUCUGGAGGCGAGUGAAAGUGAACUGGAGGAAGUUCUUACAUUCUACACACAGAAGAACAAGAGUGCCAGUGUUUUUCUGGGCACAAAGUGUCACAGCAGCAGAACUGAGAUUAAUGGUGACUUUAGAGAACCCAAAACAUGCCAGAACACAGAGACUGUAUCUAACAACCUGGACUCUGCUGGUUUAGAAACAAUGGACACAAUCAGCAAGGCACAAAGUACAGACAUCAGCGCAACUCUAAAUGCAGACAGACGAAAUGGUUUACCCCACUGCACGGACAACUGUAGUGCAACUAAACAGAGUAACAAAAACAUGUGUAACACAUUGCAAAAUGGAUGCAUCAGAAAUGAAAGGCAAAAAGGAGACUGCACAAGUGUUGAAGUACACCCGAACAUAUUAACUGUACCUGAGACUGAUGCAGGGGAAGAUGUGGCAAACAAGACUCACCCUUCUGUAAUCAGAAGCAAAAAAACUUUGUUAAAAUCUUUUAAACUGCAGCCUGAAAUGGGCCAAAAUAUGAAAUCCCGUCCCAGGGAGCCCAGCCUGACAUACUCCACAGCUUUAGAUUGUGAACACAUCAUCCUGCAGCACAGCCUUGUGCCGUCUGCACCUGAACCCCCGCCUUACAUCCAGCCCCCCACACCCUCUCGCAGUCUCCUCCUCCUCCACAGUCACACCUUCACCUCUGAGUGUCACAUGGGCAUCUGCACGCAUGGAUUCUACUGGAGCAAUAUCAACCCCUGAGGCACCUCGACCGGUCCAGCCCACCGACGUGAACACCUCCUCCAUCUCCAGAGCUCCAGUGCACACCUUCAACCAGAGAUUGUCACACCCAUGUUCAGCAGGGCAAGUGAGUCAAAAGACCAGUCUGAGUAAGUCCAGGCCAGGUUCUGCUGGUGUGCUAAAAGAAAAGGACUCAUUGACUGCCCAAACCCAGUCAAACCAGCAGGCCAUUGUAUCAGCUCUACGCAAACUAGUGGAGAAGCAGGCUGCUCGCCAGUACAGUACAUCCAGUCACAUCAGCCUUCUCACACAACACCUGACUAAUCUAAAUGUGGCCAAUGGGCUCUUCAGCAGAGGGGGUCUGGUGUUGGGCCCCGAGCCACGACCUGGACCUGUGAGAGCGGUACAUGCAGACACGAGCACAGGGAGCUCUGGUGGGAAGGCUGUGUGUGAACCAGAGUCAGUGUGUGCUGGAGAUUCAGCCAGCGUUCAGUCCAUUCAGCAGAAGAAGCCAUCGACUGCAGGCAGCUACCAGCUGCAGUUUGCCAUUCAACAGCUGCAGCAGCAGAGACUGCAAUCCAGACAACUGCUGAACCACAGUCGCACACGCCACCAGGCCAUUCUCUCUACACACACCAUCAGACCUGCAGCUGCAGCGUGGCCUCACACCCCCCAAAGUCCUCGUGUGAGCCAGCCAUUCAGACGCACCCUCAGUCAGUCGGGCAGUCAGGGCACCAGCGCAGGGGUCCUCACGCUCAUCCCCAGACCACCUAGCAGCACACCCAGAGAUGGGCGCACAUGCAAGACUGCCGCCCACUGUCAACACAAGAAAACAUCAUGUGAGACUCCAGUCAAUCAGAGCACUGCCAGUGUGCAGCAUGUUGUGUAUGACACUGUGUGUGCAAAGACAGGUCUGUCGGUGUACAGUAAACUUUUCCAUACUCAGGGCUCCAAGAACAGAUGAAUGAGGCCAAAGGUCAACUGUAAGAAUCAACUGCUCGUAACGUCCUGUAUGAGAACAGGGCUGAACUAUUCAAAACAUGCACCUCAUUUGUCCCGCCUUCAUUCUCACCCCACAACUGAUGCCAUGUGACGACCACAUGGACUGACAACUGACAACAGCUGCUACAUCCACCUUAUAACAAACACAGACUGUACAACAACUGACCAAGAGCUCAUGAACAUGUCCAUCAUUUUUAUAUCAUUUACAUUUAUAUAUAUGAGAUGUAAACUGAUAAGAGUGUUAUUACUGCUCGUUAAAGGGACAGUUCAUUCAACAUUUACUCACCCUUAUGUUGUUCUGAACACUUAUGACUUAUGCAGAAGGUCCGAGCUGCUCUUUUCCAUACAAGUGAAUGGCGAUUAAUACUGUCAAGCUCCAAAAAGGACAACAAAAAAAACACAGUGAAAGUGCUUGAUGAAAGUCUUCUGAAGUCAUAUAAUAGCUUUGUGUGAGAUUUCAGAUUCAGUUUUCAAACUUGUGAUGACAUCUGUGUCGGUGUUGUUAUUGUAAAUAUGAAAAAAAUAAAUGAAUGAACACAAAUGUGAAUGAGAUUUGAGAACUCAAAGGCAAGAUUUGCAGUGAAUAACGCCUUAUAUGCCAUAUACGCCAUAUAACGUCAUAUGAUUGCUUUGUCUAUUCCACACACAAAACAAUCAUAUGACUUCAGAAGACUUGAAAUAUAGCACUCAAGUCAAAUGAACUACUUUUAUGAUUUGAAAGUUGACAUGAGUUUUUUUGGAGCUUGACCAGUUAAAUCAUUAUACACUUUUGUUGUAGGGAAAAGAGCAGCUUGGACAUUCUGCCAAACAUGCGUUUGCGGAAGACAGAAAGUCACGUGGGUUCAGUAUAAGUGUGGGUGAAUUAUGAGAGAAGUUUCAUUUUUAUAUGAACUAUUUCUUUAAUAAUCUUAAAUGUGUGACAUCAUGCUGCACGCUGUGUUUGAGUUAAAGUGCCUCUUUCAGUUUGAAGCCAUUUGAGCAACUCUGAGUUUCUUCAGUUGACUGUUUUAGUCGGCGGUUUGGAUACACAGAAUCUUUCAAUUCAGAGAGUUUCAUUGGAUUACUGGUCCUGUAUGGCUCACUUAUGAGAUUUCAAAAAAUGACAAACUUUCUUUAACAUGCACUGGCCAUUUUUAUGUAAUCCUGGUAAUAUUUCACAAAAAUAAUUACUUAAAUAUACACUUUGAUCAACACCGUUGCUCAUGGGAUCACAUUGUGUUUUCAGUUCAAUUGGAAACAUUUAAUCAUAAUUCGGUUUUAGUUAAGCUUCAGUUAACAUUUAGAAGGCCAACAAUGAAGGAGCAGAACAAAUGUUUGUGUCAAUUAUUUCUAUUAUUAUGUUCUCAGGAUUUGCUUUCUGAAGUUUUUUGUGUUAUUAUUUUUAGUUUGAAUAGUAUUUGACUUUUUUUUUACCUCUCCUGAAUUUACUUGAAUUUCCAUUAACAAUGACAACGACCAGAUAUGAGCAGUGGACCUCGAUUCCUUUUAAAUGACAUUUUGUCAUGCUAACUUUUAUGCAUUUCAUAA